GCUGCUCCCUGGAAACAACUUCACCAACGAGUGCAACAUUCCAGGCAACUUCAUGUGCAGCAACGGGCGGUGCAUCCCUGGCGCCUGGCAGUGUGACGGGCUGCCCGACUGCUUCGACAAGAGUGACGAGAAGGAGUGCCCCAAGGCGAAGUCCAAGUGCGGCCCGACAUUCUUCCCUUGUGCCAGCGGCAUCCACUGCAUCAUCGGCCGCUUCCAAUGCAAUGGCUUCGAGGACUGUCCUGACGGCAGCGACGAGGAGAACUGUACUGCGAACCCUUUGCUUUGCUCCACUGCCCGCUACCACUGCAAGAACGGCCUCUGCAUUGACAAGAGCUUCAUUUGCGACGGGCAAAAUAACUGUCAGGACAACAGCGACGAGGAAAGCUGUGAAAGCUCUCAAGAACCGGGCAGCGGACAGGUGUUUGUGACCUCAGAGAGCCAGCUCGUGUACUACCCCAGCAUCACCUACGCCAUCAUCGGCAGCUCCGUCAUCUUUGUGCUGGUGGUGGCCCUGCUGGCCCUGGUCCUGCACCACCAGCGGAAGCGGAACAACCUCAUGACGCUGCCGGUGCACCGGCUGCAGCACCCCGUGCUGCUCUCCCGCCUGGUGGUCCUGGACCACCCCCACCACUGCAACGUCACCUACAACGUCAACAACGGCAUCCAGUACGUGGCCAGUCAGGCCGAGCAGAACGCGUCGGAAGUGGGCUCCCCGCCCUCCUACUCAGAGGCGCUGCUGGACCAAAGACCCGCGUGGUACGACCUUCCUCCGCCACCCUACUCCUCCGACACCGAGUCUCUGAACCAAGCGGACCUGCCUCCUUACCGCUCGCGCUCCGGGAGCGCCAACAGUGCCAGCUCCCAGGCAGCCAGCAGCUUUGUGAGCACGGAAGACAGCAGCCAUGGCCAGGGGCAGCCCGGCCCUCCGGAGAGCGCCUUGGGGCCCAGGGACUCCGCGCCUGGCCAGGGCACCGCCGAUGUAUAAAUCGGCACUCCCAAAGUC